CUCCCACACACGGACUACACUACGGCUGCUCGAGCCCCCCACACCCCCUACCCUGUGACAUCAUGGCCCCCUUUAGGAGCGGAUUCAGUCUGGAGGAGGAGACGAGCGCGCGAGGAGACAGGAAGACCCGUAAGCCGCUGGUGGAGAAGAAGAGGAGGGCGAGAAUUAAUGAAAGCCUGCAGGAGCUCCGCAACCUCAUCACCGAGACAGAGUUGCAGGCAAAAAUGGAGAACGCAGAAGUGCUCGAGCUGACAGUGAAGCGGGUGGAGAACAUCCUGCAGCAUCAAUCUCACGAAGCUGAUACCAUGAGUCACGAGGCCAGUGAGCGAUUUGCCGCCGGCUACAUCCAGUGCAUGCAUGAGGUCCACACGUUUGUGUCCACCUGUCCUGGAAUCGACGCCACGGUUGCUGCAGAGCUAUUGAACCACCUGCUGGAGUGUAUGCCGUUACACGAGGAGAGUCUUCCAGAGGCACUGCUGGACCUGAUGGCUGACCAAUCAAUGACCUCUGCCAUACUGAGCCCAAUCAGAGCAACAAAUGGGGCAUCUGCAGCUCUCUCCCCAACUUCCUCUUCAUCGUCAUCCUCCUCCAGUGAAGAUCUGUGCUCAGACUCUGAGGAAACUGAUGGAGAAUCGAGUUCAAUUCCAGCUGAAGAGGAACAGGCCACUAUUACCUACAACACAUCUAUGUGGAGACCAUGGUAGGCCAAGAGGGGGCAGGAGUGAAAAACACAAACCUCUGAUUAUUGCAGAAACACUAAAAUGGACAAACCCCAUGGGAGUCAUAAGAAAACCUUGUAACCUUGUUUUUCAACGGAAAACAGCAGCUGCUGGACACAUUCAUGCUUUAUGGGCCUCUCUCAAAUACACUCAGCCUUUUUAUACAUCAAAUCACCUUGUUUCAUCAUACAGCCCCUUAGACAUACUAUACAUAUCCAAAUAUUUGUAGACACC